GCAAGAGAUGGCGGUCGACGUGGACGCGGUAUAUGACCUCCGCUGGCGUUUCGGGAUGCUCUCGACGUCGGAACAGGUGCAGGCCAGCCCCUGAAGCGCAGUUCACAGUGCUCCGGUCAAUUAUCGAAGGCGAUUCUCGUGAAGAAAACACAGCUGAGGGGGUCGCAGUGUCGCGGACGAGGCGUGCAGGUUAGAUACAGGGCGGGCAAAGCGUGUGAUGGCAAUGGGAGAGUCCUUUGGGGGCAAUAUCGCGUGUCAUCAAUGGCAGUGGGCAGAGAGUAUUUGCAUUCGGAGCCCGGCAUCGGACACUGCGCGGAAGGCAGACGCGGCAAGUCGGCCGAGCAUCAGCGACACAGCAGGUAGGCACAGCUAGGCAGAGAACGUAGACAGACAACACUACACAUCUUCAACAUGGCCUCGCGAUUAGUACUGGUCCUUGGCGACCUGUUCAUCCCCGAUCGCGCAAUCGACAUUCCCGCAAAGUUCAAGAAACUUUUGACGCCUGGCAAGAUCUCGCAGAUUCUCUGCCUCGGAAACCUGACCUCGCCCUCCGUCUACCACUUCCUCCGCAACCUCGCACCCGAUCUCCAACUCGUAAAGGGCGACUUUGAUAUUCCCCUUGCAUCCACGAGCGCGCAAGAUGGACCCAAUACGGCUCCAGGCGCUGGCUUUCCCAUUCCCACCGCGUUGAGCAAGGUCGUCACGCACGGCAGCUUGCGAAUCGGCUUCACACACGGCGACAGUAUCAUUCCGCCCGGAGACCCCGAUGCCCUGCUCAUUGCCGCACGACAGAUGGAUGUGGAUGUGCUAUGUUGGGGUGGGACGUGCAAAUUCGAAGCAUACGAGAUGGAGGGCAAAUUCUUCGUCAACCCAGGCAGCGCAACUGGUGCUGUGUCGUGGUCAGACGAGACAUUGGGCGGGGAUGAUGAAGACGACGCCAACACUCCUUCGUUCGUGCUGAUGGAUGUACAAGGAGAUGUUCUGGUGCUCUAUGUAUACCAGCUAAAGAAAGAUGCCGAAGGGAACGAGAACGUGGGAGUGGAGAAAGUGUCCUUUCGGAAGAACGCAUAGGGCAUUGCACACACGAAAGAGGGCGGACGAGCUGAUGCUGGGCCCAACGCAGCCGAAGAGCAGCAAGAGCGAAUAAUGCUACAGACAUGAAUAGAUUGCACGAUACAGAUCUCCAGCACGCUAUGCGUCGCUCAGACCAUAUGCACAAUCCACAGUACGCGCUGACGAAGAAGCAGGGCCGGACACAUGCAUACGAGACUGUCUGGCAUACCAUGCAGACUGCAAGCAAGUUGUUAACCGGACAAUCAAUGAGCCAAAAAUCAUGCAUGUUUCAGCGAGACGAU